GCAGUUGCAGUGGUGCAAAAUGGCUGACCUCAGUCUUGCAGAUGCAUUAACAGAGCCAUCUCCAGAAAUUGAGGAAGAGAUAAAACGGGACUUUAUCGCCACGCUGGAGGCAGAGGCCUUUGAUGAUGUUGUGGGAGAAACUGUUGGAAAAACAGACUAUAUUCCUCUCCUGGAUGUUGAUGAGAAGACCGGGAAUUCAGAGUCAAAGAAGAAAGCAUGCUCAGAUACGAGCCAGGUCGAAGGUACUCCAUCCAAACCAACAGGGCUAGCCAAUGGUGAUCAUGGACUAGAAGGGAAUGAUACUACGGGUUCUCCAACUCCAUUCCUUGAAGAGAAAAUGGCCUACCAGGGAUAUCAGAAUAUCCAGAGCUGGCCAGAAAAUACAAACUUUUGCUUUGAACCAGAACAGUUGGUGAAUCCUACCCAGACUGAUCCCUUUAAGAUGCACCAUGAUGAUGGCCUGGAGGAUUUUCUCUUUCUCCCCAGUGGAACAGCCAAUGCUUCAGCAUUUACAGAACGAAAUGAUCCCCUGCAAGACAGUUAUGGUCUGUUUCCCUGUGACACAUUUGCUCCUGCAACUGUUGUACCUCAGGGGUGGCCUGUGGAAGCCCCAAACUCUCCACACUCGGACUCCUUCAUUGCCCCAGAGGCCGUGCCACAACCUGUGCAGCCCACAGCAGAGCCAGCUGAAGAGGUAGGAGUGGCAUCAGCAGAAGAGAGGGCACCAACAGAAGCAUUGGAAAUUAUGAUGGGACUGAAGGCUGCCGACAUGGCAUCACCUAGAGAAACAGAGAUGUCUCCAGCCAAGGAUAUGGCACCAGCCACAGAAACAGAGGUGGCAUUGGCUAAAGACAUGGAACCAUCUACCAAAUCAGAUGUGACACUGGCUAAGGACACGGAAUCAUCCAUCGAAUCAGAAAGGGCUAUAGUUGAGGACAUGGUACUACCCAGAGAAACAGAAGCAGCCUCACUUAAGGAUGCUGUAUUGCCCACAGAAACCGUUGUGUCUUUAGCCAAAGACAUGGUACUGCCUCCAGAAACCGAGGUAGCCCCAGCCAAGGAUGUAUUACCAUUCAAAGAAACAGAGAGGGCCUCACCUAUAAAAAUGGAUGUGUCCCCAGUUGAGGGCAUGGUACUACCCACAGACAGAGAGAUUGCCCCAGCCAAGGGUGUGGUAUCACUCUCAGAAAUAGAAGUGGCACUGGCUAAGGAUGGUGUAUCAUCCACAGAAAUAUCCCCAGCCAAGGAGGUGGCCUUGUCCCCAGAAACAGAGGUGGCCCUGACUGGGGACAUGGUGCUGCCUCCAGAAACCAAGGUGAUCUUGACCGAGGAUGUGGCACUGCCCCCAGAAACAGAGGGGGCCCCAGUCAGGGAUAUGGCUCCACAUCCAGAUACAGAAAAGGCUCCAGGGAAGGACGUGGCUCCACCCCCAGAACCAGAGGUGGCCCUGGGCAAGGACGUGGUUUCACUUCUAGAAACAGAGAUGGCCCUGGGCGAGAAUGUGGCUCCACCCCCAGAAACAGAAGUAACCCCGAUCAAGGAUGUGCCUCAGCCUCCCAAAACAGAGAUGGCCCUGGCUAAGGAUGUGGCUCCACCCCCUGAGACAGAGGUGACUCUGGCCAACAACGUGAGCCCAGCCAAGGAUGUUGCGCCACUCUCAGAAACAGAGGUGGCACGCGUUCCUGUUGUGGACGUGGACCCUGCACGGACACAGGAAGAAAUAAGUGAGGAGUCCCAGUUAAAAUCUCUCAAGGAUGAGGGGCAGUCAGCUGCAUCUACUUUUGUCAUUUCUCCAGAACCAGUCACAGCCGUGGGCCAAAAGUACAGCUUGCCAACAGACGAGGAUUCUGUGUUAGAGAAACAAGAGCAGAAGAAACCAUUCAGUAGUCAACCUUCUGAACUUCCUUCAGAGUCCGCAGGUACCCCUCCCACGCAAGGCAAACAAGUGUGCAGACCCAGUGACCGCAGGUCCACUCGGCCCAGACCUGCCAGGGUCCCUCAUGAGCUGCUGGGAGGCUCUUCUCCAUGGAAGACUCUCGAUCCUGGGCUGGGCCCCUGCUCUUUGUCUGAGUUGGGUUGGGUCUCUGGUCCGUCUACCUAUGGUGAGCCUGGGAACCAAAGGAAAACUACUCAUGUUGACUUCCUUGAACCCAAGCGAGAUCUUGGCAGGGAGACCUGGGAUAUAGAAAGCCCACCAAUGAUGAUGAAGAAAAAAAAGAAGAAACCAAAGCAAAAGAGAUAUCCUCAACCCCGGGCUGGGGGACCUUGGGAUGACGACAGUCCAGACGACCGUAAAGGUCAUCCCUUUGCAGCAGACCCACAGAAAUCAGGGGUUCUUCCCAGCCUGCCUACCACUGUGGGCACGGAGUAUGGACUGGUAUCCAGAGAAAACUUAAAAAAGGAAAAUGAAGUGGAGUCCAGAGCUGCCAAACUGAUAGCUGAGAACUUUGUCUCAGAAAGUCUCAGCAUUCCUUUGUGUCCUUUGGAAGAACCCCUGAAAACACCAGGAAGUUCUCAGUGCAAGCCAGGGAUAGAAGUGGAAGUCAGUGGUAAUAAGUCAGUACCGCUGGGCCAGGACCAGAAAUGGCUACAGCCAGGUGAAGGCAAACCAGAGCCUGCACCCCACCUGAAGACUCCUGUGGACAAAAGCCGGACAGUAGGCUCGCCUGGUCUGAAAGGACCCCUGACAGAAGUUUCUGCACACAAAGUAGAAAUUCCUCUGGAGAUCAGACCCAAAGAGGGUUUCUCUCCUAUCUUGGGCCAAGAGGCUAUGGGUGGGGUUUCAAAACCCACAGCAGCAAAAGAACUGCCUAAUUUGGUGCCCCCUUUGCCAGCAGAUGCCUCAUUAGGAAGUAGUCUGAAAGAAGGGAAUGAUGAAAGUCAGGCGACUGAAUUGCAGAAAGACAAGCAGACAGGUUUUUCUGAAGGCACUGAAGAGGUUAAAGAACUAACAAAGGAAACUCUUCCCAAGCCAAGCCAAGAGAUGAGCGUCGUGGCAUCCAAGCAGCCGCAGGAUGAGGUGUUAGUUCAGACGCCUGGGCUAGAGAACGAGCCGUCUCAGAGAAUGGCAGGCGAUGGCAGAAGCAGGAAGGCAAGGACAGGUUCUGGGAAAGUGAGAGCCAGUUCUGGGAAAGGAAGAGCAAGAUCUGAGCCACCAUUUCUUGUGGACAGCUGGAAGGAUGGCCCAGCUGUUCUUGCGCCAAGUGAGCCUUCCCCUAAAACCGAAAGAAUGCCUGCUGGGGAGAAGAGUGAGGAGCUGGGUUCUUCAAGCCAACCAGGGACUGCAGUGAGUCUCACUGAGGCAGUGGUGACAGGGGAGCCUACGGAGAUGGCUGACGCUAGGGGGGCCAGCACCUCGCCCAUGUUGAUUCCUUUGGGAAAUGGGUCAGGCACGACUCAGACUUCUGGCGCUAGGACAGAAAGAGGGGCCGCAGCCGUAGAUAGGGGUGUCAGUAGCCAGAGCGAGGAAGGAAAGUGUCCUUGGAUGAGUGGUGAGGCGGCUCCCUGGAUUUCUGAAAAGCCCAAAAAAAGAAGUAGUGAGGGCAAAAACAAAAAGUUCAAAAAUAAUUAUUCCACACAGCCUGCUAGAAUGGAGAGCAAGGAAGAAACCCCACCUUCUGUAGGGAAGGCUAGAGAUGCUGGUGGUCCUCCUCAUCAAAACAGGGACUUAGGACGAGCUUUCCCCUUAAAUCAUGAUCCUUUGUCCUCACGUACAUCAGCUGUUCCCACAGUGGAAGUAGGUGACCGAAAGGGGAGGAAUGAUGAGGUUAAUUCUUUUGAGCUUGGGGUUCUUGGUGGGAACAAGACAAACGUAGUCAAGGACUCUGCUGUUACUGAACCAGCUACCAAGGUGACAGAUGUGAGCUGCCAAGACCAAAUCCAGGGGGCAGGGUUUGUCCCUUCAGCACUGUCUGCAGAGAAUAAAACAGAUGCAGCCAAGGGACAUGCUGCCGUGGCUGACAAACCGAAUGAAAGGAGCAAUGAUGGAAAAAGUAAGAAGGUUAAAAAUAGUUUUUCCGAGAAGCAUCUUCUGGAGAAUACGAUAGAUGCAUCAAAAAUACAUGUUCCCAUGGAAACCACAGGGGACCACAGAACUGAAGGAAUGGGCUAUGUGGACGAAAAUAGAAAUAUCACAUUUACCUGCCCCAGAACAGUCCCAGGGUUGAUGAGUAAGUCAGCCCCUCCAGAGGCUGUGGAGUCAGCAGCCCGUGAAGGACUGCCCACUCCUGCCUCUCAAGUAGUAAAGGAGGGUGAUUCUGUUCCAAACACCUUGGCAGAAAGUGGGCCAGAGACCACUCCAGCCCAGAUAUCCAAAUUAUCAGUGGUAGAUAAUUGCAGCAAAGAUGGAGUCCCAGAUCAGGAAAGACCCAAGGCCCCCUCCGCUGUUCUUCCUCCUACAAGCACAGGAGGAGGGGUUGCCCUCACUUUUACAGCAGCUGCAGAAACAGUUAACAGCCAGGGAGGUGACCAUCUGAAGAAUAAAGGGGAGCUUGCUGGUCCCAUGAAGAAUGAGGCAGGGAUAGGUGGAGGGCCUGUGAUGGGAGGAUCGGAGUCAGCGCCCAGUGGUGCAUCUAAGCAUUCAAUCGAAAAAAUCACAGAGCUCGCCAAGGGACACCUUUCUGGAGUGCCAGUAGAAGACCAAAGCCUGCCAGGUGAGGUCAGAGUCCUAGAAGCGUGUGCAGACAGGAAUAAUUUUCCAACAUACCCAGUUAACAAAAAGAAAGAGUCUGAGGAAGGUUCUGCUCCAGUUCAAAUUCCUGACUUAUUGGGAGACAGAGCACAAAAGCCCAAUUUCUGUGAGGACCAAAAUACUGACAGUCGAGAUUCCAAGGACCCAGACAGUUCCAAGGACCCAGACAGUUCUAAGGAGGUAGAUAGGGCGCUUUUGCCUCCAAAAAGUGAAAAAAAUAAAGUGGAAGAAGUUAGCCCAACUUCUGAAAUCCCUGAGUCCGAACAUGUUUCCUCAGCAACACCAGACUUCCAGUCAGAUUUCUUAGACGGCAGAGCUGCAGCCACUCCGUCUCAGGUGGCAAAUAAGUUAACAGUGACGACUUCCAAGGAUCCUGAACACCCAGAACCCAAAGAUAAGAUCUCGGAGGCCCCUGACAAAAUGACCGAAAAGUCUGAGGCGAAGGCACCAGGAGAAGGGAAGAAGGAAGAUAAAAGCAGAAUGGCAGAACCCUUGAAAGGCUACAUGAGACCUACCAAGUCCCGAGGCCUUACUCCACUUUUGCCAAAGUCUGCAGUCCAGGAACGAGAGAGAUCCAGGCAGCUGAAGUCCAGCGGAAUAAGUAAGCCAGAAGAAGGAAGGCCUGCUGGGAGUGUGACCGGAAAUGACAUCACCGCCCCUCCAAACAAGGAGCUCCCACCAAGCCCAGAGAAGAAAACAAAGCCUUUGGCCACCACUCAGCCUGCAAAGACUUCAACAUCGAAAGCCAAAACUCAGCCCACUCCUCUCCCUAAGCAGCCAGCUCCCACCACCUUUGGUGGGUCGAAUAAAAAACCCAUGAGCCUCGCUGCAGGUUUAGUGUCGGCUGCCCCACCCAAACGCCCUGCGGCCGCCACUGCCAGGCCUUCCACCUUGCCUGCAAAAGACGCAAAACCCAAGCCUGCCGCAGAGGCAAAGAUCGUGGAGAAGCGGGCCUCACCAUCCAAGCCGGCCUCUGCUCCAGCCCUCAGGCCUGGCUCCAAGAGCACCCAGACCGUUCCGAAAGCCACAGCUGCUGCCAGUCCUGCCUCAGCUGGGCCAAGCAGUCGGAGCCCCCCCACGCCUGUGCCCAAGAGGCCCACUGCCAUCAAGACUGAGGGGAAACCUGCAGACAUGAAGAAGACAGCUACCAAGUCUGCACCAGCUGACUUGAGUCGCUCCAAGAGCACGUCCACCAGCUCCGUGAAGAAAACCACCACUGUCUCUGGGGCCGCCCCUGUGGCAGGGGUGGCUCCCAGCAGAGCCAAGCCCACACCCACCCCUCCCCGGCCCUCUGGGACUCCUUCCUCAGACAAAAAGCCCAUGUCAGCCAAGCCCAGCUCCUCUGCCCCGAGGCUGAGCCGCCUGUCCACCAACGCUUCUGCCCCUGAUCUGAAGAAUGUCCGCUCCAAGGUUGGCUCCACGGAAAACAUCAAGCACCAGCCUGGAGGAGGCCGGGCCAAAGUAGAGAAAAAAACAGAGGCAUCUGCUCCGGCUCGAAAGCCUGAACCUAACGCAGUCGCUAAAACAGCCGGUCCCAUUGCGAGUGCGCAGAGACCACCUGCUGGGAAAGUCCAGAUAGUCUCGAAAAAAGUGAGCUACAGCCAUAUUCAGUCCAAGUGUGGUUCCAAGGACAAUAUUAAGCAUGUCCCUGGAGGUGGUAAUGUUCAGAUUCAGAAUAAGAAGGUGGACAUCUCUAAGGUCUCCUCCAAGUGUGGGUCCAAGGCCAACAUCAAGCACAAACCUGGUGGUGGAGAUGUCAAGAUUGAAAGUCAGAAGUUGAACUUCAAGGAGAAGGCCCAGGCGAAGGUGGGAUCCCUCGAUAACGUGGGCCACCUGCCUGCAGGAGGGGCCGUGAAGAUUGAGACCUACAGGCUGAUGUUCCGGGCAAACGCCAGGGCCCGCACCGACCAUGGGGCUGACAUUGUCUCCCGCCCCCCCCACUUCCCUGGCGGCCCCAGCUCAGGCACCCGGGCCCUUGGCUCCCUCUCCCGGGCUGUUCUCUAGACCCUACUCGGCUUGGGUGCUGUGCGGUCCUCCAGGCCCCACCCCCUCCCCCUGCCUGGCUUGCCCAGGGCAGCAGCCGGCCCGCCCCCAAACCUUCUCUGCUCCCUGCCCUGGGCCCCGCUCCUUGCUUUGUUCCUGUCCCAUCGUUGCGCACUGCUCCACAGACGAGGUUGGGAGGUGAAUGGGUUGGGGAGGCCAACUUGGGAUCUUGUGGGAUCUAGGAGGGGGGAACCGGAUUCCAACCUCCUCUUUGGGUUUUCUGGACCAAACCCAAGAGAAACUGACAUACCUUCCCUCCUCGCUGGGUCCACCUGAAGAGUGGAAUUGGAUGGCCGUGCAGUGGCAGGAUGCUGACUGCAUCCCCGGAGCCCGCUAAGCCACUGCCUCUCCCUUUGACCCCCUCCAUGGUGCCCACCGUGCAGGGGGAGCCAGGCGCCUCUUGCUGCAAGUUAGUUAGGUAGGGGUCGAUCUGACUGGCCCCACUGCUUCCCAUACCUGCUUAGCUGCUGUCAUACUUUUUUCUUGUUUUAUCUUUUUUUUUUUUUUCUUAAUAACCUAAAAACUGGUAGAGGAGUUUUGCAGGUGAAGCCAUGUCUUAAUGAAAGUCCUCAGUAGGUGUUAAAGGAAACAGGGAGGGGAGAUCCUUAAGCCUCCAGCCAGGAGGUCAGGCCUCAGGGGCUGCCCUAGCCUGGGCAGCCUGGGGCCCCGGAGAAGGUGUGGGCAGGGCAGGUGAGGUGCAGGGCCUGUGGCCUGGAGAGCAGGUAGGGCACUCUAGGGGCUGGUCAGAGUGUGGACUGCUUGUUCUGGGAUUUUGUGUGUAUGCUGCUUUUCUUUUCUAACCAAGAGGCUGGUUUUGGCAUCUCUUCUCUGUCUCAUUCCCUGGGAUCUACUGGGAGAUACAAGUUUGGGGCUAGAGAAACAGGGAAGGGCUUGGAGGUCAGAAUCCUCCAGACUCGCAGGCCUAGGACACCAGAGCCCUCAGUUACCAGGGAGCCCAAGAUGUCCAGAACUCAUGUGGGUGAUGGGGAAUCAGGUGUGGAAAUUUUUAAAAAGGCAUGAGACAGGCCAUCUCCCCCCCCAUUUACAGCCUGACUGGGGAGGGGGAGAGGUGAGGCCAGCCUGUGGAGGGGUGUCCCAGCGAGGCCCGGCCUGGGGUGGCUGCAAUGAGGAGAAAUCCCGGGAAUUGUAUUGACACGAAGAUUCUUAUUGCACUUGUAUUUUUUUUUUUUGUAUUAAAGUUUGCAUGGUUUCUAAUAAAGGAUUAAAAUGUAACAGUUUGUAGUGAAAUGGCCGGGGAGUCUUCGAGGGCGUCUCCUCUGGAAGAGCAUUUCCUACAGCGCAGACUUGCCCCUGAGGAGGCCACCAGAUUUGGCCCCUCGCCCUGCCCACCCCUGCUCCGCUGUCCCCCUUGGAGCCUAGAAGGUAGGACUUCUUGGCUUGGGUUCCGAGAGGACCUCUGUGCGGAGGGAGGGGAUCUGGGCCGGCAGGUUCUCACUUCUGAGGUGGCAGUUCCCUCGGGGCGGUGGGCCACCACAUCCGCGGCUCCCGAGCACACGCCGCUGGGGUCUUGUGGAGGAAGCGUUCCCAGCGCCAGAGACUGCAGGAAGUGGUGCGCCAAGGACAUUGGGGCACCGUGUCUUGUCAGGAGGAGGGGGCAGAAGGAAGCUGGGGAGAAGCGGUAGAGCGUGCAGGGCCUGAAGUUACCUGUGCCCUCCUUGUGUCAGUCCCAGGGCCACACACGUGCCAAGGUGGCCAGCUGGUCCGAGGGUAGGGGUGGGAGAGGUGGCCCUCGUGGAGAAUUGUCUAGGUGGGCAGGAGUGGUCGCUGUUGUGAAGGGCGGUCUGGUCCCAGCUCCCUUGAAGUGUCCCCCAAGCCAGAGAAGCGAAGGCACCCUGACAGUGGGGACGGGGGCCCCCGUGUGCCGUGGACCACCUGCAGCCAUGUGGGGGUGCACCGUUUCUGUACCCCCAGUUUGCUUCUGGCUCAGCCGUUGCCUGUGUCAAUCUGUGAUUCUGUUGUACCGGUUUCAAGAGUAAAUAAAGCUCAUGAUGUCCCACCA